AUGUUAGGGCAGAAGAAGCAUUUCUUGCGCCAGCGGCAAAAGGAAGUAAUACGGGCGAUGAUUGCUUCAGCCGUCCCACUGACGCAGGCAGGAGCACCGUCCGUGGUAUCGCGGGCCAGUGGUGGGGAAGUCACUGAGCUCACGGUAUGGCGUCUUCUCAUAUAUGACGACAUUGGGCGUGACGUUAUUGCCCCUCUGCUAAGGGUUGGGGACCUGCGAGAGUUGGGGAUCACGCUGCACAUGCACAUUAACUCCAAACGCGAUCCCGUACCCGGCGCCCCUGCCAUUUAUUUUUGCUCUCCUACUGAAGAGAAUAUUCGCACCAUUGCUAGUGAUGCGGUGAAUGAGCUUUACGAGUGGGUGUACGUUAACUUCAGCUCUCAGAUAACACGACGUGGAUUGGAGAUGCUUGCGGAGAACCUUAAUCGGGGCAAACUCCAAAGUAUUCAGCAUAUCCAUGUGUUUGACCGAACACUUAAUUACGUCGCGUUGGAGGAUGAUCUUUUUGUAUUGAUGCAGGAAGACUCUCUGGUGACAUUAAACAGUCGUCAUGUGAGGGAUGAUGAGGUGGAGGGACAUUUAAAUGCCAUUGUAUUAGGCGUAUCUCACGUUCUUCUGUCUCAACAGGUUCUUCCCGUUAUUGCGCAUAGUAAAACUGGAGCAGCUGAAGAAGUCGCGCGACGGCUGUCUGUUUGUCUUAAUGAUCACAUUAAUGAACGCACGCUGGUACCGGCUGCUUCCACGGUGCUUUCUCGACCUCUGUUGCUUAUUGUCGAUCGUUCCAGUGAUCUUGCAACGGGUGCUGCAUCAUCCUUUUUCAUAUCG